ACUGUAUAUCAAUCAAACACCGCCAUUUUGACAGAGAAAUGAAGUUUACAUUGUUUUGUGUUCAUUCCAUGUGAAUUAUGUAUUUUUUUCAAUUAAGUUAGAGGUAUUACGUUGGUAAUUUAUCAAGUUACUUUGGCGAAAAGUAAAGACAACAAAAUGGCACUGAGAACAUACGGCGAUAAGCCGAUUAGUUUCCAAAUAGAGGAGGGCGGUGAUUUCUACUGUGUCGGGUCAGAGGUUGGCAAUUAUCUGCGGUUAUUCCGUGGGUCUCUCUACAAGAAGUACCCUGGCAUGGCCAGGAGGACCCUGACCAAUGAGGAGAGAAAACGCCUUAUAGACAACGGUCUCGGCCCUCACGUGCUGUCUAGCUCUGUAUCCUUGCUGAAGGCUUCAGAAGUUGAAGAUAUUAUUGAAGGAAAUGAUGACAAAUACAAAGCAGUGUCAGUCAGCCAGGAACUGGCUACUCCACGAGAGAGCAAGAGCAAAAAACCACACAAUCCAUCAUGGCUGCCGGUGAUGCCAAACUCCUCACAUUUGGAUGCUGUUCCGCAGGCCACACCUAUCAGUAGGACAAGAGUACAUAACAAAAAGGUGCGGACAUUCCCGUUGUGUUUCGAUGACACAGACAUGACAGCGAUGCUGGAGAAUGCCUCCCAGAAGCAGGUGUUGGUGCCGAUAAGGCUGGACAUGGAGAUUGAGGGGCAGAAACUGAGGGACACCUUCACUUGGAAUAAGAAUGAGUCAAUAAUAACACCAGAGCAAUUCGCCGAAGUAUUAUGCGAUGAUUUAGAACUGAACACAAGUACAUUUAUACCGGCCAUCGCAACAUCCAUCAGACAACAAAUAGAGGCAUUCCCGAAUGAGCCUCCAGCGAUAUUGGAGGAGCAGCCGGACCAGAGGGUGGUAAUCAAGCUGAAUAUCCAUGUUGGGAACACCUCUUUGGUUGAUCAGGUCGAAUGGGACAUGUCAGAAAAGGAGAACAACCCGGAGCAGUUUGCAACAAAACUGUGUGCGGAAUUAGGGUUGGGAGGUGAAUUUGUCACCGGCAUCGCUUACAGUGUCCGGGGACAGUUGGGCUGGCAUCAGCGGACCUAUGCGUUCAGUGAAGCGCCCUUGCCUGUUGUUGAGACGCCGUACCGGCAGCCGUCGGAGGCGGAGCAGUGGGCGCCGCACCUGGAGACGCUGACGAACGCGGAGAUGGAGAAGAAGAUCCGCGACCAGGACCGCAACACGCGCCGCAUGCGCCGCCUCGCCAACACCACGCCCGGUUGGUAAACUGUAAACACCUACACUGCGACGGGGCUCGGAUACUACGACUACUUUUUGACACCUGGGUGCUAACGUCUGUAUUGUCUGUACGCUAGCGGCCCGUCCUGGCUUCGCUCGGGUAAAACCAUAAUAAAUUAUACAUCUAAACCUACCAGGGUGAAUUUCACAAGCGUUAUGAACGCGGCGUGUAGCGUUUCUUUAGUGUCCGAUAUAUUUUAUAAGAAUCAUUUUUUUUAAUUAAACAUUUAUAAAAUUAACAUUGUACAGUCAACAGCACGUCAAAUUACCAUGUGUGAACCUCUAGGGUGCGGUAAUAGCGGCGAGUUUGUAAUGAAGUUGGGUACUUUACUUAUUUGUAGAAUAAGAUAAUUAAAUUGAUUACUGUGUAUGGUACAGUUUAAUAAACACUAAUGAGAGCCCGCGGCGGGGUUGAAAAUGCUCGUCAAAUUCACCCAGCACAGGUGUCACAUUAUUUAUUGGUGGAAAUUGAACAAAAGUCCGUAGUUUUCGAGUUUAUUGCGAACAGACAGACGCGGCAAAGAAAAAAGAUUUGUAUUUUUGUUUGUAUAAUGAAUAAAGUAAAAAACUACUGGUGCGAUAUUGAUGAAAUUUCGCACAGAGACAGAGAAAACCUUCAGGAGCUACAUAGGCUUUUUUAUAUUAUGCUUUAACCCAAAGCCGGGACGAACCUCUAGUUAGGAAUAACUUGGUUAGCCCGUUAUUUAACCAGGUGACAAAAAUAUCGGUUUCGAGUCCUGUACUGGGAGCCAGUAAACUCCGUUUUUUCUUACAAGUCUUAUUAUGUAAACAAUCUAACCAUGUUUUUCAUUUUAGCAUUUAUUUCAUGAUAACACCAGUGUAAGUUUAAAUAGACUUAUAGGAAAUCACUUUCGUUGUUAAUGUUUUGCUUUAGGUUGUAAGGUUUAUGUAUGAGUAUUUUUCAACAAGUACUAUAAAGAUGGUUUACAUUUAAGGGCUCAUAAGAAAAAAUGGAGUGUAGAUUUGGGAUAACAGGGCCACAAUACUGUUAGCGUAUAGGCCGCGGUGCAAUUGCUCCGUCGUGCUAUGUUGCGUCGACGCCGAGUAUUGCCGUUCCGUUAUUUUACACAGGUUUAGACAUUGAAGCGCGUCGAGGUAUGUUGUAACUCCAUUCGAUUUCUGCGUUGUUGCGUUGUACAUUGAUUCGUCGACGGACGUCAACGCAACGGAGGACGACGGAACAAUCGGGCCAGGCCUAUAUUGGAAUAACCUGUAUUAUCAGGGAUGGGAGCUUGGUUAACAAUUGGUUUAUGAAUGAAUGGAAAAUUAUUUUAUUAAAGUAUUAAGACUAAGAAAAAUAUUUAAGUGUUCAAGAUUCGUUAUAUGUUAGUACAAUUAUGCCAGCUCUUGUUAAAAAAUAGGGUUUUUCCUGGUUUAAAAUACCCGUUAUUAAAUGACACUUUAUUGAUCAAUAUUAUUUAUCGUGUGACUUGAUAGGUUUUAGUUCUCAUUUGUGAUAUGUCACAUGUUAAAGAAUUUUGAAUUUUUAGAACUCUUAACGCCAUCUAGUGACACUCGAUACAGUUUAGUAAACUUCGCAUGACUGUGGCCCUGUUAUGAAACUAGAACUCUUUGAUUUUUAGGUUAUCAAUUGGGAGGUUGUGCAUGGUUUAGUUAAUGGGGCUAAUACUUAAUAAGUUUUGUUUCUUGAGUAUGUGAUUACACAAGUACUUAAAUUUCUCCAAGAUAUUAAUAAGUAUUUUAGAAAGUACAUAUUUAUUGCUAAGCUGAUUUGAAUCAUAACCAAAUCUGGAAGCAUAAAGAGGCCGGUAACAAAUUAUACUAAAUGGGGUUUGGGAAAGCGAAGUCGGUUCGGAUGUCGGAUAUGUUGGUAGAUGCGUUUUAAUUUUCUUUAGUUCUGACUAAUGAGUGUUGUCCCACUUAAAACAAUUGGUUGUCCCAAACAAUGUUCUUACUUGGUCCCAACCUAUUUAUAUUUUGGGACAAAGGAAACAUGUUGAUUUUCCAAUCAAUAAAUAUAAAAUACAAUUCGAAAAGCACCAUGGGUUGAUUUCAUACUACAAGCAUUAACAGUCAACCCGGGUCAUUGAGAGAAUUUGAUUGAAAAGCAUAAUAAUGGAAAGUACAUGUAAAUAUUUUAUUAUAAUACGCACAAUAUGGUAUAUUUUUGCUACAAAUUAAUUGUUUUUUGGAAAGGAUAUAUUUAUCACUAUAAAUAUUUAUUAAUUUGUUACACUUAACAAUACAGUUUGGAACGACAAUGAUUUUUUUCGUGUGGGACUAAACUCAAUGAAGAUUAAAUGGAAUUUUUGACAACAACCAUUUUUUUAACUUGAAACGAACCGAUAAUCUUCCCCCCAUGCCCAGCAUUGAUUGUUUUUGGUAAUUCUGUUGUACAUUUUUGUAAACAUUUACAAUAAAAAAAUUAAUAUCUAUUUACAAGUACAUAUUGAAAGUCAAAAACAUAUUUACAAAGUUAGAUUAAAUUUUAUAACUUACACGUAAAAGUACAACAGAAUCAAUAAAUUUAUAUUUUUGUUUUCACCUGUAUGUCUUCUCCGAUGAUUUUCAGAAUCUGAAAUAAAAGUUAGUAUGAUGUAUCAAUGAAUCAAGUUUAUUAUUAUGUUUUAAGUUUUAUAAAUCAAAAUAUUUAUUAGUCAAAAUAAUUUUAAUAAUCAGUAAUAUAAAUUUAGUACAUUUUUAAAUGCUUGGAAGUUUUUAAUCAAUUUUUAUGUCCUAAAAUUUUUGUCAGUUGGAUGUCUUCUUCAAUUUUUACAUGUCCAAAUGGCAGAAUAUUAAGAAGUGGAUUUGAAAUUUGAUACAUAAUUUAUUAUAAUAUUUAAUAAAAUGUAAGAGAUAUUGAUGCCUUUCAUAAGUACAAUUCAUGCUAUAUAAUAUUAUUCGUAAUGUCUGCAUGAAAAUGUUCAUUCAUUCGACAACUCAAAUUUAAACUACAAAGAGUGAAUGGUGAGCCUGUAUUGGUUUUAUAUUCAUUCUACUAUUAAUAUCAAUCACACAAAUACGCUAUGGUAUCAAUCGAUUGAUCUCUUUUGAGAUAGAUACUGUGUGAUAUUGUGAGUAUUGAGUCCUGCAUAGAGAUGGUUUGUGCCCGGGCAAAACGUUUUAAUUGACUUUUUGUAUAACAGAUGGGUUGGCGCUCAAUGUUUUCUCAUCUUUUUAAUUUUGAGAGUGAAUGUUGGUCAUAAUCAUGACUACGUCAUUACAGUAUUGAUUCUGGAUAUAUCUUUAUAAUAAAAAAUCGGGACACAAAAACAAAGUUUUCAUUUAAAAUAAUUACUGAAAUAUUUCUCUGGUCCGGGCAUAAGCCCAUUUCUGGUCGCGCACUCAGCAUUGGUUAGUCCUAUUAUAUUUUUCCAAAGAAAUGCUUUUUAAAAUCGAAAUUGAAGAUUUUCAUGGAGACAUAGCAGACUUUGUAUUAAUUAAUGAUGUAAGUGGACUGUUAAAAUUAUAUCACAUUAAAGAUUUUUCCAAAA